UUAUUCAGCCUUUGCAGCUGAGAUAUUGGGAGAUUCAUUUAGUGCAGAGUGUCUUCAAAAUAUGCCUGCUCCUGGACAAGGCUCAUCCUCGGGACACCGAGAAGGAAUCUGUCCAAUCAACUUUGAGCAAUGCGUGCCUCUUCCAAAUGCUGAUGUCGAGCAAUAUUCUAUGGCACGGCUUCCUGUCGAGGACAAUCCGUUGAAUUGGCCUGCGUACCAAAACGAUCCGCAAAUUCAGGAAUUCUACUACGGCCACGAUGCCCAAGAUGAUCAAUAUGGUUACAACUCGGCUGCUGGGUCAUCUCACGGGGCGUACCAAGAGCCACACCGAUGGCAGGAUCCAGCCGCAGGGACAAGUCAGUGGCAAGGCAUAGGAUCGGACCAAGAGCAAGAUCCAGCGGCAGGGACAAGUCAGCCGCAGAAUCCAGGACCAGGCGAAGGGCAAAACCAAGGCCAACACCAGCGGCAGAAUCAAUGGCAGUAUCCAGGGCAAGAUCAAGGCCAAGACCCAACAUUCGACAAGCCUUGGCCUUUUUAUUGACAAGGUUCAGGCGCUUACACAGAAGCGAGAUGCCGACUUAUUCAGAACUGACCUCAGUGUGUCAGGCUUUGUUACUCGAUGCUACACGACUUGAUUAGCUUCCCACCCAUAUAUCUUAGCUUUUAUAGCACUGCAAUUGUGAUGCUGACAAUCAGGCGACGGCCCUUGUGUAAGCACUGCCUAACCCUGCCUGCGUCUGAGCUGGAUUGAGUCUACACGCCGUCUGCUCUCUGCUGUU